CCGGUUACACAGACACGGUACACGGGACGCGGCUGCGCCCUAUCCCAGACGGACCGGCUGUUGAUUUGUUUUGACGUGUUUUAAAUCCAGUUAACAACUGCUUUUUUACUGGGACGUUAAUAGGAAUUCGUGGUUUACCUGAUCUGGAUUCCCGUUUUGAGAAGAAAGAGUGCGAAUGGAACUUCUCUCGUCUUGACGUCAGCUCGGGAGGGGAAGUCAUCUGGGAUUACAUAUUCCGCUUUAGCGCUACUGUGGUACCUGGAAUAUACGAUUAGAAGAGUUUUGUGGAGGAUCGUUUAUUUGAAAUGGAUUCUUUCUUUGUGAAGGGGGCCCUUGUCUGGCUGCGGGACAAAGAUCAGCUCCUUCCUGCUACUGUCAGCUCCUGUUACCACGACGACGGAUCCCUGGUCCUCACCACCAACUAUGAGAAGGUGAUGUACCUGCAGCAGGGGGAGCUGAGCAGAGACAAGGUGUUUCCUAUGCACCUCACCAGUAUUAAUGGAGUAGAGGACAUGUCUUCUCUGGCAGAGCUACAUGAAGCUGCCAUCAUGUACAACCUUUACCUGCGCUACCAGAAGGACUGCAUCUAUACCAACAUAGGGUCAAUCCUGGCAGCGGUGAACCCCUAUAAGCAGAUCUCAGGUCUGUACGACCCAGCAGCAGUAGACCUGUACAGUAGACACCACCUGGGAGAGCUGCCCCCUCAUAUCUUCGCUGUGGCCAACGAGUGUUACCGCUGUCUCUGGAAGAGACACGACAGCCAGUGUGUUCUCAUCAGUGGAGAGUCAGGAGCAGGGAAGACAGAGAGUACCAAGCUGCUGCUCCAGUUCCUGUCUGUGAUGUCACAGAAGUCUGCCGGGACAGCCCCCUCUGAGAGGAGCACCCGCGUGGAACAGGCCAUCGUACAGAGCAGCCCCAUCAUGGAGGCGUUUGGGAAUGCCAAGACGGUUUACAACAACAACUCUUCCCGCUUUGGGAAGUUUAUCCAGCUCCACUUCUCCCAGAGUGGGAACAUCCAGGGAGGCUGCAUCAUCGACUAUUUACUUGAAAAGAACCGUGUGGUGAGGCAGAACCCUGGAGAGAGGAACUAUCAUAUCUUCUAUGCUCUGCUGGCCGGGGCCGACAAGAACCACAGAGAGCUGUACUUCCUGUCUGAGGGCCCAGAGUCAUACCACUACCUGAGUCAGUCUGGCUGUGUGAAGGACAGGAGUCUCGAUGACCUGCAGCUCUAUGACAGUGUUAUGGAGGCUUUAAAGGUGAUGCAGUUCAGUGAGGAGGAGAUACGUGACGUCUUCAAGCUGCUGUCUGCUGUUCUCCUGAUGGGGAACAUAGAGUUCAUGACCGCAGGAGGAGCACAAAUCACAUCCAAAGGAGCGGUCAGUAAUGUCAGUGAUCUGCUGGGCCUGGACUCGUUCCAGCUGUCUGAGGUUCUGACCCAGAGGUCCAUGAUCCUGAGAGGAGAGGAGAUCUGUUCACCCCUCACUGUGGAACAGGCGGUGGACUCUCGGGACUCGGUUGCCAUGGCGUUGUACGCCCAGUCUUUCUCCUGGAUCAUCACACGGAUCAACCAGAAGGUCAGAGGGAAGGACAACUUCAAGUCCAUCGGCAUCCUCGACAUUUUCGGCUUCGAGAACUUUGAGGUGAACAGGUUUGAACAGUUCAACAUCAACUACGCCAACGAGAAGCUCCAGGAAUACUUCAACAAACACAUCUUCUCCCUGGAACAACUGGAGUACAACAGAGAGGGGAUCCAAUGGGAAGCUAUAGACUGGAAGGAGAAUGCAGAGUGUCUGGACCUCAUAGAGAAGAAACUGGGCAUGUUGGCUCUGAUCAACGAGGAGAGUCGCUUCCCUAAAGGCACCGACUACACCCUGCUAGAGAAACUACACAGUAGACACGCUACUAACCAGUACUACAUGAAGCCCAGAGUGACGGAUCACCAGUUUGGCAUCAAGCACUAUGCUGGAGAGGUUCUGUAUGACGUCAGAGGGAUCCUACAGAAGAACAGAGAUACCUUCAGAGAUGACAUCUUGAACAUGCUUAAAGACAGCAGACUUGACUUCAUCUAUGACCUGUUUGAGCGUGUCGGGAGCAGGAACGGAGAGGAGACCCUGAAGAUGGGCACGGCCAGACGAAAACCCACCGUCAGCUCUCAGUUCAGGGACUCUCUCCAUUCCUUGAUGAACACUCUGAGUGCCUCCAACCCUUUCUUCGUGCGGUGCAUCAAACCCAACAUGAACAAGAACGCCAACAUGUUUGACCCAGAAGUGGUCCUGAACCAGCUGAGGUAUUCUGGGAUGUUGGAGACAGUGAAGAUCCGCAGGGCUGGGUUUCCUGUCCGCAGGGCCUUUACAGACUUCUACAGCAGGUACAUGAUGAAAGACAACCGUCCAACAGAUGAUCCGAGAGGGUGGUGUACAGAGCUGCUGAUGUCAUACGACCCUGCCAAGAGAGACUGGCAGCUGGGGAAAACUAAGGUGUUCCUGAAGGAAGAGCUGGAACACAGGCUGGAGAAGGAGAGGGAAGAUGUGCGGAGACAGGCGGGCAUGGUGAUCCGGGCACACAUACUCAGCUAUGUGGCAAGGAAGCACUAUAGGAGGGUCCUGACCAGCACCAUAACCAUCCAGAAGAACUACAGGGCUCACUACUGGAGACGCUUGUUCCUGCGGCUCCGCGCUGCAGCUGUCCUUCUGCAGAAACACCAACGUGGUCGGCUGGCCCGAGGCCUCUAUCGACAGCUCUCUGACGAGAAAAGGAGGAGGGAGGAGGAGGAGAGAAGGCAGAGGGAGGAGGAGGAGAGAAGGCAGAGGGAGGAGGAGGAGAGAAGGCAGAGGGAGGAGGAGAGCAGGAGGCUGGAAGAGGAAACGAGACGAGAGCAGGAGGAACGGAGGAGGAGGGAGGAAGAGGAGGAGGAGCGGAGGAGGAGAGAGGAAGAGGAGGAGAGACAGAGGGUGUUAGAGCUGGAGGAGUUGAAGAGGAAGGAGGAGAGACUGAGACUACAACAGGAGCAGGAAACACUGAGUAGAAAAGAGGAGGAGCUUAGCAACGGACAGGAAGAGAAGAGAAACACUACAGCUAACAGGAACUCCCUGAGGAAGGAUCAUCUUGCUCCCUAUAAGGAGGUGUACCACAAGGAGGUGUCCCUGUCCCACUCCCUGCACCCCCACACCUCCGAGGAGGAGUCCCGUCAGAUGGAGGAGAUCCUUCGGCUGGAGAAGGAGAUUGAGCGUCUGCAGCGCCAGAAGGAGGACGGGGUGUCCAUGUUAGGGGACGGCCUGGGAGGGAGCAGGGAGGAGCUCCGGCAGAGGAGAGACGCAGAGAUCUACCGGCUGGAGAAGGAGGCGUCUCGCGUGGCCACAGAGUUCCUGGAGCUCCUGGACUUUGGGGGUCUGGAACAGAGUUUGUCCAGCGAGGAGAACCUCCACGACCCCUCAGAGAGCACCGCUCCCCUGGCCCGGGCCGAGGAGGAGGCGAAUGAGGGCUUCCAUGCUAAGGAGGAGUGUCCCGGUAGUGGUAUCCCCCUUCCUGACUUCCCUCUCCCUGCGGAGAUCCCUCUAGACCAGGAGCUGUUCUCCUUCCUCCCUCCUCCUCCUCCGGCCUUCGCUGAGGGACUAGUAGCACAGGCCCUUGCCCUCUCACAGGCCCCAUGUUGCCCCCCUGUUUACUACCCCCUCACCUCCUAUGGAUCUAGUGUCCCGACACACCACCCUGCUCCUCCACCUCCUCUCCCUGCCCUCACCACCGGAGGAGGUAAAGCUUUGUGCCACCAACCCACCAGGAGAACAGAGGUUGCUCCAGACACCAACAUAGUACCCAGAAGAUUCGAGGUUAUCCCCAACAGACCCUGCGCCAGGGUAGACGUUAUGCCCACCACAGUCCCCGAGGCUGUGCCAGUGAGAAGAGCAGACGUGGUUCCCUCUAGGGUUAUGCCCACUGUGCCUGUCCCAGGGGUCAGGGAGGUCAGAGAGGAGGUGUCAUUCAGCAUCCUACCAGACACAGAGUCAGACUGUGACCAGGAGGAGUUUGAGGAGGUGCAGGGAAGUACAGGCUCGGGAGAUGGAGCCAGUAUCACGGACGGACACGCUACUGAUGAGGACGUGCUGAGGAAAUCGUCCUGUACUCAGAACAGCCUGGACUCCUUCAGAGGCAGCUCAGACUCUUUUAUAGACAGUGACACAAGCACCGAUGGUUAUGUGGACACAGACGAGGAGGUCUCCAAUGGAAGGGUCAAUCUACUGAACGGCUCUGGGCCUCCAUACUUUCACAGCUACCUCUACAUGAAGGGUGGACUGAUGAUCCCGUGGCGACGGAGGUGGUGUGUAUUGAAGGACGACACCUUCAUGUGGUUCAGGGCGAAGCAGGACAGUCUGAAGAGUGGCUGGCUGUAUAAGAAGGGAGGUGGCAUGUCCACUCUGUCCAGAAGGAACUGGAAGCAGCGUUGGUUCGUCCUGAGAGACGAUAAACUCAUGUACUUUGAGAACGACAGCGAGGAGAAACUGAAGGGGACCGUCGACAUCCGCUCCGCCAAGGACAUAGUGGAUAACCAUGCCAAGGAGAAUUCUCUGAACAUCGUGACUGAAGAGAGAACAUACCACAUCUACGCAGAGACUCCUGAAGACGCCAGUGGCUGGUUCAACGUGCUGAGUCGUGUCCACAGUGCCAGUCCAGACCAGCUGAUGGAGAUACAUCAUGAGCAGGCCAACCCCAAGAACGCUGUGGGAACUGUGGAUGUUGGACUGAUCGACUCUGUGUGCGCGUCAGACAACCCUGACAGACCCAACUCGUUUGUCAUCAUCACCGCUAACCGUGUGAUCCACUGCAACACUGAGAUGCCUGAAGAGAUGCACCACUGGAUCGGCCUGCUGCAGAAACCGAAAGGAGACGCCCGGAUAGACGGACAGGACUUCCUCGUCAGAGGUUGGCUUCACAAGGAGGUGAGGGCAAAGAGCACUAGUCUGAAGCUGAAGAAGAGGUGGUUUGUCUUAACCUCUAACUCUCUGGAUUACUACAAGUCUUCAGAGCGCAGUGUGUCCAAGCUGGGGACCCUGGUCCUCAACAGUCUCUGCUCUGUGGUCCAGCCCGACGAGAAGGUCUUCAAGGACACAGGUUACUGGAGCAUCGUCGUCCACGGCCGUAAACACUCGUACCACCUCUACACCAAACUAGUGAACGAGGCUAUGCGCUGGGCGUCGGCCAUACAGGGGGCUGUCGACAGCAAGGCUCCCAUAGAGACACCCACACAGCAACUCAUCAGGGACAUCAAGGAGAGCAGUCUGAACGUGGAGGCUGUGGAACAGACGUACUGGAGGAACCCUAUCCUCAGAUAUACCCAGCACCCCCUCCACGCCCCGCUGCUGCCUCUGCCUUACGGGGAGGUCAACAUCCACCUCCAUAAGGAGAAGGGCUAUGCCAGCCUGCAGGACGAGGCAGUGAAGAUCUUCAACUCUCUGCAGGAGAUGGAGGCCGUGUCUGAUCCGGUCCCGAUCAUCCAGGGCAUCCUCCAGACCUGCCACGACCUGCGUCUGCUCCGAGACGAGGUCUACUGUCAGCUCAUCAAGCAGACCAAUCACGUGCCUCAGCCCAACAGCUCGGCCAAUCGUGCCCACUGGCACCUCCUCACCUGUAUGAGCUGUACCUUCCUGCCCAGCCGGGGUAUCCUGCGCUACCUCAAGUUCCACCUUAAAAGGGUGAAGGAGCAGUUUCCUGGAACAGAGGUGGACAUGUUUGCCCAUUUCAUUGGUGAGUCUCUGAAGAGGACCAAGGUCAGGGACUAUGUUCCGUCUCAGGAGGAGAUCGUAGCCUUACUGACCCGGCAGGAAAUGACUACUACGGUCUACUGCCACGGAGGAGGAUCCUGCAAGAUCUCCAUCAACUCCCACACCACCGCUGGAGAGGUGGUGGAGAAGCUGAUCCGAGGCCUGGCCAUGGAGGACAGUAGAAACAUGUUUGCCCUGUUUGAACACAACAACACUACGGACCGGGCUGUGGAGAGCAGAGUCAUCGUGGCUGACGUACUCGCCAAGUUCGAGAGGCUGUCAGGCAGUGAGGAGGUAGAGGAGGAGGGACAGUGGAAGCUCUACUUCAAACUCUACUGUUUCCUGGAUGUAGAGAGCAUGCCCAAGGAAGGGGUGGAGUUCGCUUUCAUGUUCGAACAGGCUCAUGAGUCUCUGACCAGCGGUCACCUCCCGGCCCCAGAAGACACCCUGCAGCACCUGGCUGCUCUCAGGCUCCAGUUCCUCCACGGGGACAAGGCCCGGGUCAGCUGGUCUCUGGACAACGUCUACCCUGUAGGGAGGCUCCGCGCGCGCAUCCUGCACUUCACCAAGGUGAGUGCGGCCGGCGGGACGGGGCCAGGGGGCCACACCCUGGAGCGGAGGCGGACCAGCUUCCUGGACGGGACCCUGCGCCGCAGCGGGCUGAAGACGGGCUCCAUGAAGAAACAGAAGAUGGAGGAGGAACAGAUGCUAGAGAUGUGGGUGAAGGAGGAGACCUCAGCCACCAGAACCUCCAUCUUAGAGAAGUGGUCCCGUCUCCAGGGACUGGACCAGCACACAGCCAUGCUCAAAUACAUGAACAUCAUCAAGGAGUGGCCUGGAUAUGGGUCCACACUGUUCGACGUGGAGUGUAAAGAGGGAGGCUUUCCUCACGACCUGUGGCUGAGUGUGAGUGCAGAGAACGUGUCGGUCUACAAGAGAGGAGAGCCCAAACCUCUAGAGACGUUCCCCUACGAACACAUCAUCUUCUUCGGAGCUCCCCAGGCCACUACCUAUAAAAUCACAGUGGACGACAGAGAGAUGUUCUUUGAGACACCUCUGGUUGGAGAGAUCACCAAGAUCAUGAAAGCCUACAUCAACAUGAUAGUGAAGAAGAGAUGCAGUGUCAGAUCUGUGUCCAGCUACGGAACCAACUGGAUCAGGUGAUUGGGGACAGGACAGGACACAGCCCAGUUGACUUCCCAUCGCCCCAGGCUAACGGGACAGGACACAGCCCAGUUGACUUCCCACCGCCCCAGGCUAACAGGACAGGACACAGCCCAUUUGACUUCCCAUCGCCCCAGGCUAACAGGACAGGACACAGCCCCGUUGACUUCCCACCGCCCCAGGCUAACAGGACAGGACACAGCCCAGUUGACUUCCCACCGCCCCAGGCUAACAGGACAGGACACAGCCCAUUUGACUUCCCAUCGCCCCAGGCUAACAGGACAGGACACAGCCCAGUUGACUUCCCACCGCCCCAGGCUAACAGGACAGGACACAGCCCAGUUGACUUCCCACCGCCCCAGGCUAACAGGACAGGACACAGCCCAGUUGACUUCCCACCGCUCCAGGCUAACAGGACAGGACACAGUCCAGUUGACUUCCCAUCGCUCCAGGCUAACAGGACAGGACACAGUCCAGUUGGCUUCCCACCGCCCCAGACUGACAGCCUAAAAGGCUAACACUACAAGGCUAAAAUUCUAUGAAGACGAGUGGGACCUGUUCUCCUCAAACCAGAUGUCUGGAUAACUGAAAGCUGUUAAUCAGCUACUCAAUAACUUGUUCACCUCCAUUGACAACAAGGAAUCUCAUCUAGAAGAUUCUAAGAACCGUAGAACCGUAGUGUGUCUCUCAUUGCAUAUAAAUAUGUGGUAAAGAGGUCAAUGGAAGUCGACCAAAACAAUGGAAAUGCCAUGGAAACGUGUGGGGGAGGGAUCUCGAUUCUCCUCAUUGCCCCCCAGCAACAUUAGCCUACAUUUAGGGGACAGAUCCCGAUUCUCCUCAUUGCCCCCCAGCAACAUUAGCCUACAUUUAGGCUAUUGUUUCACACUGUGUUGAGGUAGAAAUCGAAGUAUAAUGCUUGUAUUGAUGUCAACCCCAAUACAUGUUCAUUUCAUCGUCACCAAUCAACUGCGUUAAAGUUGAAAACGACUUUAACGACCACUACCGAUGUCUGUAUGCUAGCUACGCUACCAGCUUAUACGAAUGGGAGUUAGCAUUUAGCAGUCACUUCUUCUAAAUCUGAAAAGGGACAACUUCUACAUGUUAUGCAGUGAAAACAGCCAAAUGUAUACAAAUCGGAUUUAAAUGACCACAUUUUGAGCCUAUUGCAAUACAUCAAUUAUGACGGAUUUGACAAAUAUUCACUUUGUUAGAUCAGUGCACCAAUCCAGCGUCGUCCUUCAAUCCCCCCCCUGUCUGCAUUCCAUUGACCUCUUUACCAGAACAUUCAGAACAUUCUAGAAAGUGUAUAAUUAAAAUGUCUAACUGCUUUCCCUCAACCAUUGCAUAUAGCUUUUCUCUAGCUGUCGACAGAGUGUAUAACCAACCAUGUUAUUUUCUGCCAUUAUUUACAUCACUUUAUCAAUGGUAUGGACCAAUCAAGUAUCACUCACGUCACAUCGGAUGUCCUUGUGCUUCCAAGUUUGAGCAUUUCAAAUACCUUUCCAAUGGACUGAGAUUUAGAUUGACUGAGAAGUGUCACUGUCAAGCCCUCCCUGACUCUCGCUCCCCGGUUGUGUCUUAUUUUGACAUUGCAAUUGUGUUAUUGUUAUUCUAACGUAUGAGUUGUUGAUGCACAACUAUACCAUUCUAUAUUCAUAAUGAGAAGAAGUGAUUUGUCUAUCUAAGGAUAUACUAUGUGAUCAUUAUUGAUCCUCAGGGCAGUCAUUACUCAUUACAAUACUCUGUUUAGGAGCUACUCUAUUGCCACAGAAUAGGGAAAUGAGGUUUGUAGACUUCCCCCUCGGGUUUGAGGAGCAAUACGAGUCCAAUUUCAGACCACAGACCCAAGGAGUUGAACCUCUUUACAUUGUAAUGCCUUAAAUAGUUUCACUGCUUCCAUCCAUGUUGUUGUUCGACUACUUUGGACUGUAAUAGUUUCACUGCUUCCAUCCAUGUUGUUAUUCGACUACUUUGGACUGUAAGUAAUAGUUUCACUGCUUCCAUCCAUGUUGUUGUUCGACUACUUUGGACUGUAAUAGUUUCACUGCUUCCAUCCAUGUUGUUAUUCGACUACUUUGGACUGUAAGUAAUAGUUUCACUGCUUCCAUCCAUGUUGUUGUUCGACUACUUUGGACUGUAAUAGUUUCACUGCUUCCAUCCAUGUUGUUGUUCGACUACUUUGGACUGUAAGUAACAGUUUCACUGCUUCCAUCCAUGUUGUUAUUCGACUACUUUGGACUGUAAGUAAUAGUUUCACUGCUUCCAUCCAUGUUGUUAUUCGACUACUUUGGACUGUAAGUAACAGUUUCAUUGCUUCCAUCCAUUUUGUUGUUCGACUACUUUGGACUGUAAGUAACAGUUUCACUGCUUCCAUCCAUGUUGUUGUUCGACUACUUUGGACUGUAACAGUUUCACUGCUUCCAUCCAUGCUGUUAUUCGACUACUUUGGACUGUAAGUAAUAGUUUUGCCUUUCAGGAAUGGCGUCCCCCAACAAGUGAAUGUCAGGGUUAAUAACUUGGUGGUUAUAAUCAGUUAUAAUCAGUUAUAACACAGGUGGUCGAGGCUGCCAUUCUACCCAGUGCCUGAGAAGCAGGGUUUAAACCACAUGGUUUGAAAUCUGGUGAAAUGACACUUGCCUUUUAUAUAUGACUAGAACAAACCAAUAUAUAUAUGACUAGAACAAACCAAUAUAUAGUCCGUUGCUUCUUCCUACUACUACAUGGUAGGUUGUUUAUUUACACUAAAGGCUGUGGUUAAUAUUAACAUGUGCUUAUUUAUGUAAACCAUGAUUAUAGAAUUUAGUCUCCAGUAUUUUUAAAUAAUUUAAACGGUUAUAUUUUCUAUGAUGAAAAUCAUUUUAUUUUUUUUGUCUUUGUAAUGAUUGUUACUGAAACUGUUGUUUAAUGAGAGCGUGAUGUUUUGAUGAGACAAGCAGGAUAUUGCUUGGUACUUCUGUUACUGAAGGAUGUUAUUUUGGUCAUUAUGGGGGGGGGGGGG